UGCUGACGAAUGUAGGACAGAUUUUCUGUGUUGUGGAUGUCGGCUAACGCUAGCAUAUCGGACUGGACUGCAGAGAUGAGAGGGUCUUUAGCUGGACUGCUGCUGGUGUGCAGCGCCAUAUCUCUCCCCGCAACAGGGUACGUCAUGGAGGAGAUUACAUUGUGCACAUACGGAGAUGAUAAGCAAGGAAAUAUUACAUUUUAUUUUCGAAUUGCAUUUAAUCAUCAGCCUGUACUGGGGUAUGACAACCAUGAGAAAAUGUUUUUCCCUUAUCAAUCUAUUCCCCAAAUGAACGAAGUAGUGAAGAAAUUUACUACAGAAUUCAACACUAAACCAGACAUGUUAAAUUAUGUGACAUCCGAAGAGAAAAGAUGCAAAGAUGAAAAAAAGACAUUCUGGAACGAUACCGUGGAAAGAAGAGUGAAACCAUCUAUGGAAUUAUUUUUUCCUGAGCAGUUUGCUGGGGAAGCUCUCCCGGUACUAAUCUGCCAUGUCUGGGGCUUUUACCCUCAAAACAUUGUUGUUACUUGGAUUAAAAAUGAAAACACUGUGCUUAGGAAUGAAACUCAGGCUGUACGAUCUGGGGACUGGACCUACCAGGUCUUUACGAAACUAGAUUUGAGGGGCUCCCUUCCUGAAGAUAACUAUACUUGCUUCGUAGAACAUCCAAGCCUAGAUGAACCAAUGAUGAAAACAUGGAAAGCUGGUCUGACCUCCGUUCAGAUCGUGAAGAUCAGUGUUUCGGCUGUAGUCUUUGGACUAGGACUGAUCACUUUGAUUGCAGGAGUUCUAUGCCUGAAGAACGCCAAGAGAAGUAAUGACUGUCACUUCUUAUCCGUCUCCUGUCCUUGGCGUCACAUAUUCUCAUGUUUGCCUUUUUCGUUAGUUUCCGUAAGCAGAGAGGGGUCCAUCACUAAUCACUCCACCUCCUCACUGGUCUCCUGUGACUCACAAUUACUCAUGGAAGAAGAGGGGGAUCUUGGGGAAGACAGUGAGACAGAUUCUAUGGAGGGGGAGCUUAUACUAGGGGAAAGUAUCUACGCUGUGUCUGAGUCAGCAGUCCUCUGUGAUCAGGGGUGUGCACUGAGGAAUGCUGUAAAGAACCUGGCCAACGAAAGACGCAACUUCCCUAUAUGAUCCAUGAAAUACGGGACUCACAGGCUGUAUACAGGGACUUGUAAAUGUCUGAUAAUCCUCCUCAUGCACAUUGUCCAAAGAGCUUGAUUUUGCAGCAGGCCUGUACCAACGCGCUGCAAAAUGUGAACAAAUGUGGGCAACUUAAUGAAACCCAACUGAAUGUCCCAUGUUGGGACAUUUUAACUUUUAUAUGUAGCAAAUGAGGCCAUAAUCGAGUGCGACUGACGAAAUCCCCUCUGAGGUAGGUAAGGUCAUGGCAGCAGGUGGAGAUAUGUUUUAGACUACAUUAAAGGGGUUAUCAAGUUAUCCCCUAUCCCCAUUGAUUACAAGAACGGGGGGCCCGUACCCUGAGAGGAACCCAGACAUGAAUGGAGCAUCAGGUGGAGCAUGCGCAUUGCCGCUCCAUUCAUCUCUAUGGGAUUGACAAAAAUAGCCAAGGGCUUGUACAGCACCGUGUGCCAUCCACAUCCAUAUGUCCGUUCCGCGGCACACGGAAAAAGAUAGGACAUGUCCGAUUCUUAUCUGUAGACUGUUCUAUAGAGGCCAGGACGUGAAAAAUGCAAAAACUGCUACAGCUGCGAGCCUGAACCCUCCUCCACACCGAGACAAGGUGUAUUCAAGACAACUAGAUCUCUCCUGCAUAUUCCUGCAUCGACUUAAGAUGUUACGGCCUUGUCUUUACUCUGUUUCAUUGGUCGUGAGAACAGUCUCCCAAUGCUGUUACCGCGUUCCGUACAUGCCUGUGUGUAUGUCACUUCUGUAUGUACAUGUAACUGUAUACCUCCAUGUUUUGGUUUCUGUAUAUGUUUGUCUUUUCUUCUAUGUAUCACCAUGUCCGUGUGUCUGCAUUCUAUAAAUAUAUCACAUUUUUGUG